UUUCGACCCAGAGGUGAAUAUACCAAAUAACCAAUCAUACUGAUCGAUUGACAGCUCUAGAUUUCACAAUUCAAGCCCUAGGGUUUCAAUUUCUUGCAACUCUUGGGCUGAUUCUGUCUCUGUUGUUAUAUGGAUCUAGGAUUGGUGAACAAGGCUUUGAAUUUCUCCCGCAGAAAAAAGAAAUGGCUUGUUCUGUUAGCAGUCUUUGGUUUAUCAGGUUAUGGUGCCUACAGGGUUUUUAAUUUGCCCUCUGUGGCCGAGAAGAGGAGAAGAUUGACGAAGCUCGUAGGGGCCCUUAUUGCGGUUGGGGAAAUGGUGUCUGAUUCGUCGGAGAUAAUUAGUGUUGUAUCUAGAGAUUUGAAGCAGUUUUUGCAGUCUGAUACGGACGAAAUUCCUAAUAGCUUGAAGCAGAUUUCUAAGAUUGCAGGGUCGAAGGAGUUCUCUGAGUCGUUGGCUAGGGUUUCUGAGGCUAUAACACUUGGGAUUUUGCGGGGGUGCAGGUCUCAUGCUGAGAGUGAUAAUGAAUUGGAUGGGCGUGGGGUGAACACAAGUUUUACUGAUAGGAUGAUGGAGAAGAUGCUGUCUAAUUCUGGGACUGGGUUUGCUUCUGUUGUUGUGGGUAGUUUUGCAAGGAAUUUGGUCAUGGGUUUCUACGCAAAUGGGGGAUCUCCAAAUAACCAGGGGAAUGUUUUGCAAUGUAGGUCAAACCCAGAGGAUGUGCCUCGAUGGGUAAAUGUGGUUUGCGAUUAUAGGUGUAAAGAGCUCAUCGGUGAUUGUAUACAGAGGUUUGUGGGUACAGCAGUUGCAGUUUUUCUUGACAAGACAAUGCAUAUCAAAACUUACGACGAGCUUUUUGCUGGGAUGACCAAUCCUAAGCAUCAAACCGAUGUGAGGGACAUGCUUGUUUAUAUUUGCAAUGGUGCUGUGGAGACCAUCGUUAAAACAUCUCAUCAAGUCUUGACAGGUUCAAAUUCGAAUGCAAACUCAAGCUCUACUUGUUCCACUGUUGAGCAUAGUGAAAAUGCUACUGCAACCAAAGAUAAUUGUUUCAAGCAAGAAGCAUACUCAAACCAAGUGAAAGAGGACAGUUCAUUUGGUAAUAUUCAGAGCAGUGGUUGGGUGGGAAUGUCGUCCACACUGGCUUUGUCAAGGAAUAGGAAGUUUGUGUCUGAUGUGACUGGGAGGGUGGCAUUCGAAACAUUAACAUCUCUUGUGGAAUUUUUACUAUGGAAGCUAUCAGAUGGUUUGAAAAGAAGUGUACAUGUAGCUCACAAGGAUGCUGUGGAGAGCGGAAUGCAAAUUGUUAGAUAUGUCGGUGCUAAGUCAUCUGUUAUUGUUACUAUAUGUCUUGCUUUGUAUUUACAUGUUAUGGGUGGUACUAGGGUUAUGAUGCCUGCAUAAGUUCGUGGGUUUCUCUGUCUUUUAUAAGGCACUACUUGUUUUUUAUGAAUGGAAAAUUUUAUUAAAG